AUUAACUUGUACUAGGCUAAGGCCACAGCCCUCUCCUUUGCUUUUUGCUGCCACCGGGACGACUAUCCGGUCUAUGGCAGUCGCCCGAUGUUGGUUUAGGGUGGAGCGGAAAGAGCCUGCCGGCCCAGAGGACUUGGUGGGCGCAGGCUCAGAAACCCUAGGACGCCGCCUUUCCCUAAACAUGUGAUGAAGGUUAGAGUGGCGUAGAACCGGCUUUGCGUAGAUAUACUUGCGUUUCCUCACCAACCAUGUGACCAGGGUGUAGCAGUGGUAACGCGGAGGGACACCUGGUAUGCAAGCCGGCUCAGCACACCACUGUCACAUGACACCGAGGAUGUCACGUGAGGCAGGAGGAGAGUGCUGGGGAGGGGCGGAAAUCGGCUGCUCCCGGCGAGGAGUAAAGUGCGGACUCUGACCGAGCAAAAAGCAACCGGGUUGGACAGCCAUGCCCAAGUACUGCAGGGCUCCGAACUGCUCUAACACUGCGGGCCAACUGGGAUCAGACAACCGCCCAGUGAGCUUCUACAAGUUCCCGCUGAAGGACGGCCCCAGGCUAGAGGCUUGGUUGCGAUGCAUGGGCCGGGAGCACUGGGUGCCCAGCUGCCACCAGCACUUGUGCAGUGAGCACUUCACACCUUCCUGCUUCCAGUGGCGCUGGGGCGUGCGCUACCUGCGGCCAGACGCGGUGCCCUCCAUCUUCUCCCGGGUGCCGCCAGCCAAGAGCCCGCGGAGGACCCGAAGUACCCAGAAGCCAGUCGCGCCUCCUCCUCCUCCUCCCCCGCCACAGGAGGCAGGACUCCCCCGGGAGCCCACGGUUGCGGCCUCUGGCCCAGUGCACGUAGUGGUGCUGGGGCCUGCAUCUGACAGCGCCAAGGCUGCGUCCACCGUGCUCCUGACCCCCCUGCCCCUUCCCUCCGCUCCUGCAGGGCGGAGGACUGGAGUUUCUACCCAGCACCCACGGGCGGGACUGGGAGCGGUGCUGGGAGCACUGCAGCGGCGGGUGCGGAGGCUGCAGCGGCGCCACCAGCGGCACCAGGCUCAGCUCCAGGCUCUGGAACAGCUGGCGCUGCAGCUGCGCACGGAGAACCUGCAGGCUCGGGCGCACCAGGGCCAGCUUCGCGUGAUGAAAAAGCUGCAGCAUAGAACAGUCUAGUAACUUGCCCAAAGUCAAGCAGCCAGGACUCAAAAGCACCAGAAGAAGCCCUGCUGUCCUGUUGGAAAGCUCUCUUCUCAGCCCCUGUCUAGCUUAAAUUCACAACCCUUUUACUAUGGUCUCCCCCACUCUCUCUAAAGCUCUUUAUCCAUACAUUUUUUUGUUUUGGUUGAGGGAAGGGUGAAAAAUCAGAGCUUGACCAUGUCCGUCCCCUGCUUAAAAAUUAGGGCUUAGCUUGAGGGCCUUAACCUAUCACCCACACACUCAGAAUCCUACCUAGAUGGGACAAGCAUCCAGGCAGAGCUGUGGAGACAAGAGGAGGGGGGCUCAGAAAGGAGCUGAAGUGUCUCAGGUAGACAGCUAAUGGAUUGGACAUGACCUCUAGGUAUAAUUUGUUUGGCCUCAACAGUGCUUUAAAAUCACUUUUAAUCUUUCCUGAAGGCUCAGUAGAUCUUGCAGUGCAGGGUUCAUAUUCUCAGGUAAUAGCAGUCAGCUGGAAUUGCAGUGUGACUGCCCCUGGGGGCUUUGAGGCUAUGGCCUGGAACCCAGAGGGACAAUGGGGCUGGGUCAGGACUGGAGCUCUCCAUGGAGCCUGCCCUGGGCUGACUCACUCUCUCUGCCUUCCCUGUCCCCAUUCAAUCCCUGUUUCCUACUCAUUCAUCCUGUGUCCCUAUCUGCCCAUGUCUCUCUGCAUCUGCAUCUUUCUUUGCCUUCCAUAUCAAUGUCUUUGUCCACACUCACAUCCAUCUCCCCAUGUCCCUGUCCUUCCACAUCUCUCUCCUAUUUCCCCACACUUCUUUUCUCUCCCAUGAAUGUCUCUGGCUUCACAUCUGCUUCCCUGUCUUUCAUCACAUUUCACUCUGUUUUCUGACACCCCCUUCUUCUCUGAUGUCCGUUGGUCCUCACCAUUUCUGUCUGUUCCUCAAUCUCCUCCUCCUUGCUCCCCUUUGUUCCCCAUCUCUACUGCUUCUUUGCCUGGAAUG